AAGAGGCGCGAGGCGGAAUUGGGGUCUGCUCUAAGCUGCAGCAAGAGAAACUGUGUGUGAGGGAAGAGGCCUGUUUCGCUCCCGGGUCUCUAGUUCUUGCACGCUCUUUGAGAGACUGCAUAGGAGGAACUCUGCCAUUACCAGCUCCUUUCUGCAAGAAGGGAGGAGGGAACAUACAUUUAUUCAUGCCAGUCUGUUGCAUGAAGGCUUUUUGGCUCCAUACCUUGCAACAAAAUAAUUGCACAAACUCCUUAUUGCCGAUUCCGCCCACAGAGAGUCCUGGAGCCAGAGUCUUUUUUGCUUUGCAUUGUAGGAAAGGGACUAAAUGAUAGAGACUAUGUCGCGUUCCUGAGCUCUUGAGAGCGCUCGUGAACUGGAAUCAACUGCUUCAGGGGGAAAAAAAAAACUUGCCUGGGAGGCGGCGAGAAACUUACAUUGGAAGCUUCAACAGCCAGCAUUCAAGAAACUCCUCUCCACUUUAGCACGGUCUCCAGUCUCAGAGCCGAGAGACAGAGCAAACUGCAGCGAGGUGAAACAGAGAGAGGGAGAGAGAGAGAGACGCUCCAGCCUGGGAACUAUAACUCCUCAGCAGGAGGCGGAGUUCUUGCCCGCAUCUUUUGGGGACUUUCUCUUCACCCACCUCCGCCCGGCCAGGAGUUGAGGGGCCCGUCCGCCUGCCACGCUCGUGCUCUCGCUCGGCUUGUACUCUGCCCCGGGAACCAGGAGGGCCUGGCGAUCUCGGACGCCGCGAGGGUGUGAGCACGCGUGGGCGCCCGCCGAGCCGGGGCCAUGGUGCAGCAAACCAACAACGCCGAGAACACGGAAGCGCUGCUGGCCGGCGAGAGCUCGGACUCGGGCGCCGGCCUCGAGCUGGGCAUCGCCUCCUCCCCCACGCCCGGCUCCACCGCCUCCACGGGCGGCAAGGCCGACGACCCGAGCUGGUGCAAGACGCCAAGCGGGCACAUCAAGCGGCCCAUGAACGCGUUCAUGGUGUGGUCGCAGAUCGAACGGCGCAAGAUCAUGGAGCAGUCGCCCGACAUGCACAACGCCGAGAUCUCCAAGCGGCUGGGCAAACGCUGGAAACUGCUCAAAGACAGCGACAAGAUCCCUUUCAUUCGGGAGGCGGAGAGGCUGCGUCUCAAGCACAUGGCUGACUACCCCGACUACAAGUACCGACCCAGGAAGAAGGUGAAGUCCGGCAACGCCAGCUCCGGCUCCUCGGCCGCCGCCGCCGCCAAGCCGGGGGAGAAGGGCGACAAGGUCGGUGGCAGCGGCGGGGGCGGCCAUGGGGGCGGCGGUGGUGGGAGCAGUAACGCGGGGGGAGGAGGCGGCGGCGCGAGCGCCGGCGGCGCCAACUCCAAACCCGCGCUGAAAAAGAGCUGUGGCUCCAAAGUGGCGGGCGGCGGGGUCAGCAAACCGCACGCCAAGCUGAUCCUGGCGGGCGGCGGCGGCGGCGGCGGGAAAGCUGCGGCCACCACCGCCGCCGCCUCUUCUUUCGCAGCGGAGCAGGCAGGGGCAGCCACUCUGCUGCCCCUGGGCGCCGCAGCUGCCGACCACCACUCGCUGUACAAGGCGCGGACUCCCAGCACCUCGGCUUCGGCCUCCACGGCGGCCUCGGUCACGGCCGCCGCGCUCGCGACCACCGGCAAGCACCUGACCGAGAAGAAGGUGAAGCGCGUUUACCUGUUCGGCGGCCUGGGCGCUUCGGCGUCGCCGGUGGGCGGCGUGGGCACCAGCGCCGACCCCAGCGACCCCCUCGGCUUGUACGAGGAGGGGGGCGCGGGCUGCUCGCCCGACGGGCGGAGCCUGAGUGGCCGCAGCAGUGCCGCCUCGUCGCCGGCCGCCAGCCGCUCGCCCGCAGACCACCGCAGCUAUGCCAGCCUGCGCGCCGCCUCGCCCGCGCCGUCCAGCGCGCCCUCGCACGCGUCCUCCUCGGCCUCGUCCCACUCCUGCUCCUCCUCUUCCUCGGGCUCCUCGUCGUCCGACGACGAGUUCGAAGAUGAUCUGCUCGACCUGAACCCCAGCUCAAACUUUGAGAGCAUGUCCCUGGGCAGUUUCAGCUCCUCCUCGGCGCUGGACCGGGACCUGGACUUUAACUUGGAACCCGGCUCCGGCUCGCACUUCGAGUUCCCGGACUACUGCACGCCCGAGGUGAGCGAGAUGAUCUCUGGAGACUGGCUGGAGUCCAGCAUCUCCAACCUGGUCUUCACCUACUGAAGGGCGCGCGGGCAAGAAGAAGGGCUUGGGGGGCAAGAGAGGAAAAAAAAGGAAAAAAAAAAAAAAAGAUUUUAGAGUUGGAAGAGAGAAGGGGAGAAAAAAAAAAAAAAAA